AUGCCGCAGACCAAAGAGGAAAAGUGUCACGGAAGGUGGCCGAAGGCCGCACGGGCCGCAGCGCGGGGCUGGCGCGUGCUCUUCCCGCGCCCCGUCCCAGGGCUGGGCUCGAGGGUCCCUGCCAGGGGACGGCGCCAGCGAGGCCGGGGAUCCGCGGGCCGGGUGGGGGUGCGAACGCGGCUCCCCCACCCCCGCCCUCUCGGACCCUGCGACCUCCCCCUCGGGCCGCCCCGUCUGUCCCUGCCCCCAUCCCCGGGUGACGCGCCACCUCGCUCGGGGUCACCCGGAUGUCCGCCCGCCCUCCCCGCCCCGGGCGGCGGUCCGUGCGCUGAGCGCGGCGCGGGGCCAGACCCCACACCAGGCGCCGCGACCUCCCGCCGCCGCGAGGAGCCGGGGGCAGAGGGGUGUGCUGGGGCUGAGACAGGGGCGCAGGUCCCGGGUCCUGGGGGCUCUCCCGGCCCGGGGCAGGCCCGCGGCGGGGCUCCUCCGGGUGGGCGGGUGAGGGCGCCGCGGGCAGGAAGUGCCGGAGCGGGAGACUCGGACGCCCGACCCCGGUCCCUGCGCUCGGCCCGGCUCGCCCUGCAGCCCCGCGCCCCGCGCCCCGCGCCGCCGAGCCCCCCCUGCACUGCCUCGCGCGCUCAGAGGAGUUUGAGAAGGCGGCUGCCGCGGGGGUGCUACGUUUCCAGCGUUCUUGGCUUUCUCGUGACCCCAAAUGUCCUCUGCUUUGGCUCCAAGCUCUGCCCAGACACAGAGGAGGCUCUGCAGAGGGCGAGGGGUGCGGGAGAGGUGCUGACCACGGGGACCCUGGCACUUCGCCACUGGAGUGGGGACAAAGCUGAUGCGUGCUUGUCGUCCCGCUUUCCUUCUGGGAUGAGCACGUCCUCGCGGGAACACUCGUCUGGUCUCGCUGGGCAGGCACAGGAGAGGAGGACCGAGUCAGUGGAGACUGUGCGGGCAGAGAACCUCCACGAUGUGUAGCAAGAAGACAAUGAUCUCUGGGUCUUCAGUGGAGCAGAGACGUGGUCUGGAGAGGAACUGAUUUUUUUUGGCAUCAGAAAGUUUAAAAAACUAAGAAAAGAAAGAAACCUUCAUAAAAAAAAUUUGACCACUGGAAAAUGGACUUGCCUAUAGUCUGGAAGUGUUUG